AUUCGUAAUGUGUCUUCGCUUGUGUUUGCAGAACCAAGUUAAUAACGAAAAUGCCUGAAGUUGGAAUCAACGGAUUUGGCCGCAUCGGUCGAUUGGUACUAAGAGCAUCCCUCAAGAAUGGAGUAAAAGUUGUUGCCGUCAACGAUCCCUUCAUCAACUCCGAGUACAUGGCUUACCUGUUCAAACACGACUCUACCCACGGCAUGUAUCGGGGCGAGGUUACAUUCACGAACGAUCACCUCAUCAUCGACAACCAAAAAAUCGCCGUCUACAACGAGCGCGACCCGAAGAACAUCCCCUGGGAAAAGGCCGGCGCCAAGUACGUCGUCGAGGCCACGGGUCUAUUCACCAACAUCGAGAAGGCCUCUGGGCACUUGAAGGGUGGAGCCAAGAAGGUCAUCAUCUCGGCACCGUCCGAGGAUGCUCCGAUGCUGGUGUGUGGUGUCAACCUUGAUAAAUACAACCCGGCCGACAAUGUCGUCUCCAAUGCAUCUUGCACGACCAAUUGCCUUGCCCCACUCGUCAAGGUCGUGCACGACAACUUUGGCAUCGUCGAGGGUCUCAUGACGACCGUUCACGCCACCACUGCGACCCAAAAGACGGUCGAUGGACCUUCUGGAAAGGCAUGGCGCGAUGGUCGUGGUGCCGCUCAGAAUAUCAUCCCCGCAUCCACGGGUGCUGCCAAGGCCGUUGGAAAAGUAAUUCCUGCCUUGAACGGCAAGCUCACGGGUAUGGCAUUCCGCGUGCCUGUUGCCAACGUUUCCGUCGUCGACCUGACGGUUCGACUUAGCAAGCCGACCACCUACGAGCAGAUCAAGAAUAAGCUUCAAGAAGCCGCGGCGCCCAAUGGUUCGCUCUUCGGUAUCCUCUGCUGCGUCGACAACGAGGUCGUCUCCUCGGACUUUAUUGGCGACUCGCACUCGAGCAUCUUCGACGCGCGGGCUGGUAUCGCUCUCAACGACCAAUUUGUCAAGCUCAUCGCGUGGUACGACAACGAGUACGGCUACUCAUGCCGCGUCAUCGACCUCAUCAAGUUCAUGUGGACCAAGGAUAAUGGACAGAAAAACGAGUGAGAAUGCAGGAAGGAAUGACGUCG